AAGUCACUUCAUGCCUGUAGGUCAAAAAACGUCCUGCCGAUAUUUGUAAGAAAACAAACACCAAACUCGUUGUCUAGCAAAUCAUCUAAACAGCCUUGAAUAAAUUGGAACAUGGGCGAAAGAUUCCGGAAUGUAGACAAAAACUUCGUUUGCUCUUUUUUUAAUUGCAAAGCAUCUUUCUCGAAGUUUUGGAAGUUGGAGGCCCAUCUAUGCAAACACACUGGACUGAGGCCGUUUGCAUGUGCAAGCUGCGACAAGAGCUUUUGCACCCGUUACCAACUGACAAGGCAUGACCUGACCCAUAGUGGAGAGAAGCCUUACCGAUGUUCAGUGGAAGGAUGUCCUCAAACUUUUGCCUCCAAUGGCAGCAUGAAAAACCAUGUUUCUCGUGUCCACCAGCAAAAGGAAAACCGAUAUGUGUGUCGUGUUGCUGGAUGUGGCAAAGAAUUCCGUAAGCGAAACCAGCUGAAGACCCAUACGUGUGGGCACACAAAGAUCUUUCCUUUUGAGUGCAAUUUCCAAGGAUGCAACAAGAAGUUUGCAGGUUCUAAGCAACUGCAGAAACAUGGCAAGGUCCAUGAGGGUUACCCUUGCGCUGAGAGUGGUUGUGUUUUCAAGGGAAACACCUGGUCUGAGUACCAGACGCACAGGAAACUGCAGCACAGAGCGGCCCUGCCCUGUGAUGACUGUAAGAAGGUCUUCCGUGAGGCCUGGUUCCUGCUGAAGCACCGACAUAGGGUUCACCUGGGGGAGCCGCGAGUGUUCCGUUGCACCGUGCAGGGAUGUCUGAAGAGCUACACCACCCAGUUAAAUCUGCAGAGCCAUGUUCUUUCCCUCCAUGAGGGCAAAAGACCAUUCAAAUGCACCCAAGCAGGAUGCAAUAAGGCGUUCGCUAUGAAGGAAAGUCUGAAACGCCAUGGAGUGGCCCACGACCCAGAGAAGAAGAAAAUAAAGAAAAAUAACGCUCCUAAAUCAAGUAAGAAGGCUGGCAGUGCAGCUGCUCCCCCAGCUGAUCCCCCAGCUGCUCCCCCAGCUGCUCCCCCAGCUGAUCCUCCAGCUGCUGCUAAAGUCACUGCCAGUCUUCAGAACCUGAAGUUGGGGAAGCCCAAACCCACAGACCGGACCAAGGCCAAGCCCAAAAGUUGAGGGAGGCCUCUCGAUAUAUGGAAGCCUGACGUCCAUGUACCAUAUUUGUUUAAUUUCAGCUUUCUGUUCAUCUCACUUUAACAAAUAAAUCUAUUCACUGCA